AUGCAGGGGGGGGGCAGCACACAGCGAGGCUCUCCGCGGGUCUUCAGCGUCCUGGAUCGUCUCCUGCUCACGCAUCCCGUGUGGUUGCAGCUGUCGCUCAACCAGGACUCCGCCCUCUACAUCCUGCUCAGAGAGCCUGUGGGGACGUUCCUGGUGCGGAAGUGCAGCUCCAGCCAGAGGAAGGUUCUGUGUUUGAGAGUGACAGCGGACAGAAGUGCCUCCUCUGUGAAGGAGAGCUUCAUCUGUGAAGAGGACUCCACCUUCGCCCUGGAGAGCUCUGCACUCAGCUUCCCUGACUUGUGUCGACUGGUGGCCUUCUACUGUGUCAGCAGGGAUGUGUUGCCUUUUCCCCUGGAGCUGCCGGAGGCCAUCGCUAAAGCCACAACUCACCGGCAGCUGGAGGCCAUUUCACACAUGGGACAAGACUUCUGGAGCUCGCCGAGUUCUUCAGACGUCCAGAACGGACCCGUGGACCCGUUGGCAUCCACCAGCGUCAGCCAGGCCCAGACGAAGGCGACCCAGGACCGAUGCACCCUGCUGGGCCGGAGCAGACAAGGCAAACUCUGCUUCAUCAACCCGCUCUUCCUGCAGCUGGAGGUUUGCAAGCCCCAGCUCACAAACCACAGUGCCUCAAACAAGCGGCACCGCUUCAAGCGCAGCAUGCGGCUCCGCCUCUCCGAGACCUCCAUGAAUCUGUCACUCGAGGGGAUCGGCUCCUACUCGCCUCCGUCGUCGGUGGAGCAGCCGGACGGGUCAGAGAGGCUGCAGAGGGCCGGCGCCAACCCACAGAGGAGAGUCCACGCCGGGGCGGGGGUCCUGAGGAGAACCCCCGCUGUAUCGCCAGGUUCUGCGGAGGAAGAGGACGUGAUGUCCGUCUACGUGCCUGAAACGUCUGCCAAGGUGGAGGAGUCCGCCAGGCCGCAGCAGUCAGGCCGAGCCCCGGAGCCGGGCAUCGAGGUGGCGGUCCUGGCCCUGGAGCGCCGCCCGGCCCCGUCCCUGGCCGAGCUGGACAGCAGCAGCUCCUUCAGCAGCAUGGACGAGGACGAUGACUCAGAUUCGGAUCCAGACAGCUCGGUCCAAGCCCAGACGCUCGCCCGCCACCGGCCGCCUCUCGUGCGCUCCAGAGGCCGCGGCGGGCUGCACCGCAUGAGUGAGGCCUUUGUGUGUUUCUUCGCUCCGGAUAAGCGGCUGACGCGGCUGGUGGAGGAGCUGUCCCGGGACAGGCGCUCCACCUUCGGGGGGAUGGUUCAGGACUUCCUGCUGGAACAGAGGGGGGUGCUGAAGUCCCUGGCCUCCUCAUCACCACCCUCCUCUUCCUCAGCUCGGGUGACGGCCGUGCAGCUCCUGCAGGGUCUGCGGCUCUUUCUGUCCCAGGCCAAGUGCUGCCUGCUGGACAGUGGAGAGCUGGAGCCUCCCAUCGAAACACUGGUGCCAGAGAACGAGAAAG